AUGGACAAAUUCAAGGAGAAAGCCAAAGAACAAGGAAUUGAGAUACCAGCGGUGAUGACCGACAUAGACCCAGAAACGGGGGCUCCGGCAUUUGUAAAUGCAAAAACGGAAGAUUUUACCGACUAUAUUGACAAGGCAAAGGCAAAAGAAGAAGCAAAACCGCUCAAAACAGCUGUGGUUCAGCCAAACCUUUGA